AUGUCCAAUACCGAACCCAAGCGCAGACUCAGCUUCUUUUCCUUCCACAAGAAGCCGGAAGAACCACAAACACACAUCAACCACGGCUUGGCGUCGCCCAGCCUGAUGGCCUCCGCUGAGCCAGACGAGGAAUUCGAUAGCGAAUUUAUGUUUGCCGAAUCGUCUCCUUCGUCCAUGAUUUUUGAGCGUUCCGUGCAAGACCACUCGUUGCCAAUGCAGUUGAACAUGUCAGCCCUGCAGUGCACAAAGUGCCAGCAAGAGCGCCGCGGUUCCGAGGAGCCAGCGGACCCUUCCAGAUCCCCCACCCAUCAGGCUUGUGGCCACAGAUCGUGCUCCUUCGUCAACCACACGUUGUCCUCCACCCAGGACUACAUCCCACCGGUCCUUGAUGCGACCGCCUCCAUUUUGGGCUCUGGAACUUCUGACUUAGAUAACGUGGAAAUGAUCUACGCCCCAAGAAGAUCCUCCGUCAUGUCCCUCAACCACGCUUUGGGCCGCACCAACUCCGUCUCACGCAUCGCGACUAACACGGAAACUGAUGACGCUAGCUCACAGAUUAACCAGUCCAAGUCGACCCUUUCAUUCAUGUCCUACAACGACAUGUUGGAGAAUGAUGCCCUGGCCCGCAGACCAUCGCUUUCCUUCUCCACCUCCGCCUCCAACCUCCAUGCCGUCUCGCCACCGUUUGUGGGCAUUCGCGCGGCCUCCCGCACAAAUUCCUUCUCUAACCGCUCCGCCAGUGGCAACUCCAACUUCCUCCGCAAGCAGUCCGUCACCGCCUCCGGCUUGCAGGCGUCCUUGUUGUCGCAGCAGUUGAGACUGAAUAACAAGAAAAAGUUCAUGUUGUCACCGGAAACGUCCGACUCCGAGAACGGCAUUGUGCCUGAUGACGACGAACCCGUCAGUUUCUCUCCGCGGAGACCUGCCAGAUUGGAGAGAAGUGCCUCCAACAUAUCGGGUGCGCACUCGAUUGCCUCUUUUACCGGCGAGGAAGAAGGCGAGAGGUGCUCUGUGGGUGAAUUGCUCAGACGCAACACCAACGAGGUGUACGCCUGA